AAAAAAAAAAAAAAAAAAAAAAAAAAAAGAAAGAAAGAAAGAAAGAAAGAAAGAAAUAAGGCCUGCCCACAUGCCCACGGCACCGCUUUCCCCGUGCAACGCAGCCCGUUUAUCGCCCUUGUUAUCCAUACCCGGACCGAUGUGGAGACGGCACAUCCAAACCACAUGAUCCUGGGUCGUCCGAGGACAGGGUGUGGGAGGAUGGAGAUGUCAUGUAACAGCGGUGGGCAGUGGACUCGUCCCGGGCCCUUGGUUGGAUCAUCGUUGGCCGGUGGCCGGGCCUUGGCUUGCUGAUUCAACCUGUUGGCUGGGGCUGGCUUUCUUUAAGGCCCUCUUCUUUCUGCUUAAAACACUCCAUCGUCCCUUCGCGUCUCUCUCGUGCGCGUCUCUCUUGUCUUUUCGUCCGCCCCGUUCCCCCUCCCAAUUGACCCGACCUCUUGCGUUGCGGUCCAGCGCAAACCCCGCCCCCAAAUCAUCAUGGCCACCCUUCAAGAGUCCAAGUCCAACGCCGAAGUCGAACAUGAUAACACACCGUUCGACGAGAAGGCCCCCGCCGGCGAGGUGACGGAGAUCAAUGCCGCCUCCGUCGCCCUCGCCGCCGCUCUGGCCGAGAGGCCGCCCAACAUCUGGUCGCCCAACAUGAUCAAGCUCUACUGCAUCCUUGCUAUUGGCUACCUCGUGUCUACUAUGAACGGUUUUGACAGCUCCCUCAUGGGAAGUCAAAACGCGAUGCCCCAAUACCAAAAGACCUUUGGCCUCGACGGCGCCGGCUCCACCACCGGUAUCGUCUUCAUGAUCUACCAGGUCGGUCAGGUGGUCAGCUUCCCGUUCUGCUCCCCCUUGGCCGACGGCUACGGCCGCCGUGUCUGCAUCUUUGUCGGCUGCUUCAUCGUCCUCGUCGGCACUGCCAUCCAGACGCCCGCCAACACGCUCGGCCAAUUCAUUGGCGGAAGAUUCGUCCUCGGUUUCGGCGCCUCCCUUGCCUCUGCCGCCGGCCCCGCCUACAUUGUUGAGCUUGCGCAUCCCAAGUACAGAGGAACCAUGGCUGGCGCGUACAACACCUUCUGGUGGCUCGGAAACAUUCUGGCCGGAUGGACCACGUACGGCACGAACGAGCACCUGCAGACCAGCUGGGCGUGGCGGAUCCCCACCCUCGUCCAGGCCGGCAUGCCCGCCGUCGUCAUGUGCUUCAUCAUGUUCUUCCCCGAGUCCCCCAGGUGGCUCAUCUCCCACGACCGCGGCGAGGAGGCCCUCGCCAUUCUCGCAAAGUACCACGGCGACGGCGACGCCAGCUCGCCCAUCGUGCAGCUCCAGUACCAGGAGAUCGUCGAGGACAACCGUCUGACCAAGAACGAGAACCCUUGGUGGGACAUGCGGGAGCUGUUCAACACCAGAGCGGCCCGCUACAGACUCUACAUGAUGAUUGCGAUGGCUUUCUUUGGUCAAUGGAGCGGCAAUAACGUCGUUUCUUACUUCAUGCCCGAAAUGUUCAAGCAGGCAGGCAUCACCAGCGACAGCACUCAGCUGCUUCUCACAGCUAUCAACCCCAUCUUCUGCCUCAUCGCGGCCAUCUAUGGCGCCACCCUGCUCGACAAGCUCGGCCGACGUUUCAUGAUGUUGGCUGGCUUGGCCGGCUCCCUCGUCGCCUACAUCAUGUUGACCGCCUUCACCGCCGAAACCCCAAACAACCAGAACCUUUCGUACGGUGUCAUCGUCUCUAUUUACCUCUUCGGCAUCGUCUUCUCCUGGGGCUUCACCCCCCUGCAGACGCUCUAUGCCGUCGAGUGCAUGGAGAACCGCACCCGCGCCAAGGGCUCCGCUUUGUCCUUCCUGUUUCUGAACAUCGCCAUCAUCAUCAACACCUACGGAAUCAGCGUCGGCAUCCAGAAGAUAGGCUACAAGCUCUACAUCGUAUAUAUCGUGUGGAUCUGCGUCGAGAUAACCAUCAUCUACUUCUUCUUUGUCGAGACCGCCGGCAAGACCCUGGAGGAGCUCAAGUCUAUUUUCGAGGCGCCUAACCCUAGGAAAGAGUCAACGAAAAAGACCAAGGUUGCGGUGGACGGGGCUGGCAAUGUUCUCAACGUCGGCGAGACCAUUUCUGCGUAGACAGGCCUUGUAUACUCAAACUCGCAUAUACACUGAGUCUACGUACCUAGUAUUACAACACCCUAGCGACCCUUCCGGGGUUUUAAUGAGAUAAUUUGUAGAGCAGAGCGUUGAAAUGCUUAUCAUGAAAC